UUGGCACCUGUUGCAAACGGAAUGGUUCCCGAAAACUGGUUUGGAAAUCGUUUGCUGCUCCGGUUGUUGCGCUCUCUGUGAGACGGGAAGCCCACGCCCUGCAAACAGGUUUGGAGACUUUAGGCGUAAUGCUGACCUCUGCCGCCCUCAGAUUUUAAACCUCUCAACGAUAAAAUGGCAGAAGGACAUGAUGAUUCUGCCAAACGGGGAUCUGUAGAGCCUUUGUGCACCCCUCGGUCAUCCCACCGCUGCAGCUACACCGGUGAAUCUCCUCCGCAGUUUCACCGGAGGACUCGUCGUUCAGCCCAGGGUGAAGAUGAGGACUCGGUGGACUGUCACCCCAGCAUGCAGCCAAACGAACCGCCUUCGCCUUGCUUCUACGAGGAGCUCUUCUGCACCAGCAGGACCCCCAUGCCUCUGGCCCCGCUAACCGGUGCCUUGCUGGCCUCCUCGGGCCAGCGGAGCGACGUGGUGAAGGAAGGUUAUCUGGGCAAGCUGGAGCGGAGCCACAGGAGAUAUUUCGUCCUGAGGACAGGAAGUCACACUGGUCCAAGCAGACUGGAGUGGUACAAGAGCCGGGAUAAGUUCACAGCAAUGGAGAAGUCUGCUGGGAAGGCUGGUCUGUUUGGAGCCAACAAGCAAGGGGUCAUUUACCUCCGAUGCUGUCUUGGUGUGAGUCGGAGUGGCAGUACCCGCAAGGGCCACAUGGUGGCGCUGUACGACAAGGGCCAGACUCUUGUGCUGGUGAUGGAGGAGCAGCAGCAGCAGGAAGACUGGUACGUGGCCAUAAAGAAGGCGAUGGAGGAAGAGCAGAAGGACGAGGAGCACGAAGAAGGGUUGGACGAAGAGGACGAUGGGUACUGUACUCUACCGGCCGCAGCUUUCUUCAAAGAGGUCUGGCCCGUCAUGGUGAAGCCCAGAGGUCUGGGUUCCUCCAGACCGUUCACUGGGGAGAACCGCCUCUGCCUUACAGCGUCAACACUCGUCCUGGUCCGCCUGGGAUCCAGUAAUGACUUGCCAUCAGUGACGAUUCCGCUGCUGAGCGUUCGCCGUUUUGGACACCAGGACGGCUUCUUCUUUUUGGAGCUCGGCCGGACGGCGCCUCACGGCCCUGGAGAGAUCUGGAUGGAGGCGAGAGAAGAAGGAAACCCAGCUCUGGCCCAACACAUUCACGAGGCGGUACGGGAGGCGGUCCAAGCCCUACGAGCUCUUCCCGACUUCAGCAGAUCCCCGACCUCCAGUCACAAUCAACAGCCGGGCGUUCUGGCCUCAAAGCGCUGCCGGCCCAAACACAGAGACAGGCCGGCUAACGUUAGAGCACUUAAACCUCUGGCUCUGCACCCCAGAGACCCUGACAGCCAGACGAGUCCUGUGCACCUUCACCACGGAGCUCAGAAACCAGACGACACCAAGUCUGAGUCCUCCCUGAGCUUCACGUCGCACCUCAGCCCUUCCAGAUGCCAGCAGAGCCCCGUGCCAAAACCCAAAAGCUGCAGGACCCAGAGCUGGGAGUCGGCUGAGAAGGAAGAAGGGCUCGGCUACAUGAUGAUGUCCCCUACAGUCAGCCACAGCUUAUCGGAGCUAUCUCAGGAGGAUUAUGUGGUUAUGGAGAGUCCACAGAAACCCAGCCGGCCAGGGUACCUCUCCUCUUCAUCAUGUUCUUCCCUUCAGACGUCCUUCAGCAGCUCCACCUAUGACGGCUUCUCUCCUGUCCAUCCGUCCCGUCUUCACACCCAGGAGAUCAGUCAGCCGUGCUGCCCGGGGACUCCAGAAAAAGACCCUUCGUUCAACGCCAGCCGGUCCGCUCCACCGCAGGCUGAAGAGCAGCUGGAUCAGACCUCUGAUAGGUCUGUGCUGACUCCUCCCUUUUUGUUGAGCGGGUCAGGAAUCAAAAAGCCUCCACGGUCCAGUCCAGAUGUUGAUACAGGCCAGUCCGGUCACCCUCCGCCGGCGCCGGUCCAGUCUGCUGCCAGAAGAUACUGGCUCUCCAUGUGUUUUCUCUCUUGCCUUCAGACAGGGCAACGAGCUUGAGUGUUGGAGUAAUUACUUGUGCUUAUCGGUUAAAUUUUUGUAAUAAAUGUUGACUGUAACGUCUUUUUCUCACUAAACAAGGGCCUGCUGUCACCACUGAAAAGAGGAAAGCGAGGACGGAGCAGCAAUGAUCUAAAAGAUGAACUCUGCCUCUGGUUUCUGCACUUUAACACACUUGUACAGUGCACAAAUGUUAUCCGGAUCACAUGCUAAAAAAAUUGUUGGGGUUUUGAGAUCUUAGUAUUCUUGAAUUGUUUCAGUACAAUAAGAGAAAAAAAAAAUAAAGUUGCCUUUUUGACUGUU